UGCCCUUUGUUUGCAUAAAAUAUGAACGUUUGCAGGACCUAUGGUUAGAAGUUAGUUCUGUGGUUUAUACUACAUGGAAUAUGUUAUCAAAAGUGAAGUAACUAAGCCGACCAACGACAGAUGUAAUUGCUAAAUGUAUUUUGAAAAAAUUUCUAAAUAUCAAAUAGCGUUUUGGUGUACAGUUUGUGUUUACCAGCCAUUUCUCACUGGUCGCUUGGUGACCAAACAGAAACCCGGAAAGGCGCGCUAUUUGGUUCGUUGGUUAGAAAAGCUAUACUAACACUUGACAGUUUGAGACAAUUUAGUCGAAAGUUGAAACGCUGAGAACUAAGUAGAAUAGUAGUAGACACGAUCAUCAGUAAUUGUUUGGAUUCAUAUUCAUAUUAGUGUGUUAACGGGAAUCGCGUAUUUGCUGAGUCAAAAACGUUAAGCUGUCUGAUUUGGAACAACAUGAAAUCCAGUUCUCGUGCAAUAUUCACCAGACAAAACAUAUUUCCCCCGGAUCCCCGUAAACCGAAAACACAUUACAACCCAUCUCCGACGAAAAAGAUUCCGAAAAAACAAAGAAAGACGAACCUAAGUCCGGUUCGUCUAGCUAAGCCCACCAGCCUCUCUGUACCUCAGGUGGAACCAUUGACACUUGAAGGCCAGAGCUUCACUGGGCCACCUUCCGACCCCCUCCCCUGCAUGCCUCCCUCCACAGAGCCCCAGCCCAGCUUCUCUGAAUCCUGGCCUUCCACUGAUCAAGAAUCAUCAUCUGCAAACACCACAGCCUUCCCACAGAGUGAGGUUCUGGCACACUCUGCCUCUUCAGGAAAAUACCAGGCCUCUUUCACACCUGCUACCACACAAGAGGAUUCAGUGUUGGCGAAGUAUGUGGAGCGAUUCCGCCACGGCCAACCCCAGAGUCGAGAGGAGAGGCAGCGCUCAGCAGCGACAGUGGAAGAGUGGCAGCCAUUUUGGUGGCUGUCUUCUUCUUCUCCCCCCUCCUCCAGCCAUGACACCAAAAAACCUAUGCAGCAAGGCCGCGCUUCUGCUCAUGAACGUAACCAAUUAAGCACAAGCCCCAUCGAGCACAUCCGACCCAGCCCCCCUCUCUCCCCACACGGAACGCCCCUCGACUUCUCCGUCAUGGGUCUGUCAGACUCCUCCCACUGUGACCCUCCUGAUCCAGGGAUACUGCAGCUGCAGGAGAGGGCCAGUAGGCUCCUGCAGAGGAGUGAACACUCCCUCAGUAGCAGCUCACUACCUAUCAGCUCUGAGGGCGUGGGCUGUUCAGACCUGUCCUCGCCUUUCAGUGUAGAUGAGCCUGCCCAGAGACCUGUAGCUCCCAGUCUCAUUAACCAUACUACUGCCCUGAACACCGGUCCCACGGCCAUGCCUUCCGUGGGCGCCUUCCUGGCCUCUCGCACGCGCCCAGAAGAUGACAUCCUGUUCCAGUGGCGUUUGAGGAGGAAGAUGGAACAGGCCCGGCAGUGGCCCCUCCCUCACGCACAAGGUCCGGCUCGUCAUCAGCCCCCAGUCAGCAGCCUGGCCCCACAGGCCCAACGAGGCCUCUAUCCCUCGGGUGUUCCGACUCAAAGAGCAGCCCAGCUCCUCCCAGCGGCCCCUCAGGAGGCGGGUGUCCCCGGGGCCCCCCCUGUCUCCGCGGCUCCUCGCUCUGUCCCGGUCGCCAGCCCGGCGGCCUCCAGUCUCCCCCCCGACGUGCCCGUGGCGGCCCACAUGCACCUCCUCUGCGACGUGCUGCCCUGCCCCCUCCGGCACCGGCCCCCCGAGAGGAGGAGGAGCCCCAGGAAAUGGGAGGUUCCCACCCGGGACCCCGCCCACGGCCCUCCGAUUGGCCGCUCCAGCUCCACUGAAACGGAGUCGCCGUCCCCUCCGCCACCGUCGUCCGGGACGGCCGAGGAACGCCGGGGGGCCGGAGAGAGGAGGGCAGGGAGGAGGAGCGCGCUGCAGCGGGAGGAGCCUGUGAGGGGAGAAACGCGGGCGGUCCCGUCCUGCAGCAGGAAAAAAUCCACCAGCCAUAGCAGGGUUGGAGAGGGAAGUAGAGUGGACAGCCAAAAGAGGCCAACCCAAACUGAGAGAGGAGUGAGCAGGGACAGAGUGGGGGAAGAGAGGGUCACACCAUGGCCUGACGAGCCCAGAAGACCACAGAGGGAGAGGGGUCAAAGGUCGAGGAAAGAAGGGCGCCCGGGUGAUCGGGCACCCCCACCCUCUCCUAUACACAAUGCGCUGGGCCAGGUUGUCUCAGAGGUACUGUUCCCCACCUCGGAGUCGCCCCUGCCCCCAACAACCCCCGGCUCCUUGGACUCCCCCAGAUACACGCCUCCCGUGCCCCCGCAGUCCCCUGCUCCUGCCCUCCCACAAUGCCCUGCUGCUGCUCCCAGCAUGCCUCAGGCCCCUGAGGUUGUGGCUCAGCUGCUGGAAGAGGCUGAAGAGUCGGACGGGCUGGAGUUUGAAGAUGACCCCUUGCUGCAGGUCUUGAGACAGCAGAGGGAAUGGGCGAAAGAGCAGAUCAGCGAGGUGGACACAAUAUUGAAUGAAAUCCAGGAUGACACAUGAAGAAUGACUCGGACACAGUGUACAGUAAUAACAUAUUCAUUUUUGUACAUAAAUAAGCAUAUGUAUAUAUUUGUAUGCUCAUUUUCAAAGCCACACACAUUUUUUUAUCACAAUAAACAAUUAUGAACUGUACAACAA